CCGUUGGCGUGCCCGUUGGUGUGCCCGUUGGCGUGCCCGUUGGUGUGCCCGUUGGUGUGUCCGUUGGCGUGUCCGUUGGCGUGCCCGUUGAGACCAUGCGGGGCUGCGUGUGGGUGGCGCUGUGGCUGGCUGGCGUGUGGUUGCGGGCGGCGGCGGCCGUGUCGGUGGUGUGGGGGGCGGACCUGUGCCCGUCUGGCGCCCCGUCCUCCGUGAACUUCUCGGUGGCGUACGCCAUGCCGCUCUACCGGGCGUCCGGGCCCAUCCAGAACGUGGUGCCCAACGAGCAGUACCAGGAGGUGUACGUGGCGACGCAGAACCUCAUCGUGGCGCUCAACGCCAGCCUGGCGCCGCUGUGGCGUCUGCGCACGGGGCCCGUGGGAGGAGCCAACUGCCCGCUCUGCCGCCUGUGCCCGCUGCCCGACCCCGCCCUGCCAGAGGACACCGACAGCCAGGUGCUGCUGCUGGACCCGUUCCUGAUGUACCUGUAUGCGUGCGGCAGCUCCCAGCACGGCGUCUGCUACUUCCACCAGCUGCGUGCCAACGGGCAGCGCCCGCAGCCGUCCCGCUGCCUGUUCCGCAGCGAGCGCAACUCGCCCGCCGCCUGCCCCGACUGCAUCGCCAGUCCGCUGGGCACGCGCGUGGCCAUGGUGGAGGAGGGCCAGACCGUCUACUUCUUCGUGGCGGCCACGGUCAACGACAGCGUGACGCAGCGCUACGGCCGCAAGUCCAUCUCCGUGCGGCGGCCGCUCUCGACGGAGGACGGUUUCCACGGCGACGUGCACGGGCUGACGGUGUUGCCGGAGUUGCGGCGGAGCUACGGCGUGCGCUACGUCUACUCCUUCCACACGGACGAGUUCGUCUACUUCGUGUCCGUGCAGCGCGAGAGCCCCGAGAUGGACGCCUCGCCCUUCCAGACACGCCUGGGGCGCCUGCCACGCCACGAGUGGGAGACCCGCCGCUACCGCGAGGUGGUGCUGGAGUGCCGUUUCGAGCCCAAGCGGCGGCGGCGGCGUAGGAGGCGGAGCCAGACGAGAAGUGGGCGUGGCCAGAGCAGGAGUAGGCGUGGCCAGAGCAUCCCGAAGGACGUGGUGUAUAACGUGGUGCAGGCGGCGCACUUCGGCAAGGCGGGCCGCGAGCUGGCCGAGGAGCUGGGCACGGAGGAGCGCGACGACAUCCUGUACGGAGUCUUCGCCGUCACGGACGACACCGGCGUCCCCGAUCACGACUCGGCGCUCUGCGCGUUCCCCAUGGACUCCGUCAACAAGGCCAUCGAGGACGGCGUCGAGCUCUGCUGCAAGUCGGGCCCUGAGCAGCUGUCCAGAGGCCUGUGCCACUUUCAGCCCUGCGAGAGCUGUCCACACGAGAGCAUGGAGAACAAUGCGACGUGUAAGGACCAGCCCACCAUGGUGUCCAAGCCGUACUACAGAGUGGACCUGUUCAACCGCGAGAUGACCAGCGUGCUGCUGACCGCUCUACUCGUCACCACCAUCGACAACAAGACCGUCGCCCACAUCGGCACCUCAGACGGACGCCUCCUACAGCUGGUCCUGAGGAGGUCCAGUCCGGUCAUCUUUGCCAACUACUCGCUGGUGGAGAAGCAGGCGGUGUCUCUGGCGGUCGUCUACUCCAACACCUCACUGCUGUUCGUGGUGGGAGACAAGAUGGUGAAGGUGCCGCAGCGUGGGCCUGGCUGUGGUCACUUCCUGUCGUGCGCCGCCUGCCUGAUGGCGCCGCGCUUCAUGGGCUGUGGCUGGUGCUCCGGACACGUCAGGCACGCCGCGUGCUCCUGGGAGACCCAGUGCCACGCCCACUGGAGGAACGAGUCCUGCCCACCUGGCAUCACUCAGUUUUUCCCUAAGACAGCGCCCCCCGAUGGCCAGACAGAGCUGACGCUGUGCGGUUGGGGAUUCCAGUCUCCGCCCCGCCCCGCUAUCAGCGCUAAAACUCACGAGGUGCGUCUGGGGGAGACGUCGUGCCACGUCCAGCCCAAGGACAGCAGCAGCACGCGCCUAGUGUGUAAGAUCCGGUCGGGCUCGUCCCAGCUGUUCCGGGCGGUGCCGGUGACGGUGCGGGUGGAGGAGGAGAAGAACGAGGGCAGCUACUUCAUCAACGGCACCGCAGACAUGCCCGGCUUCACCUUUGUGGUCCCUGACAUCACGGAGGUGCACCCUGCCUACGGGCCGAUGGACGGGGGGACGCGCAUCACGGUGACCGGACCCCACCUGGACGCCGGCAAGACCAGACGCGUCACUCUGGAUGGAGAGGCCUGUCCCGUGGAGAGUGUGUUUGCGGUGGGGGAGAACGUGUCGUCCAUCGUGUGUGUGUCCCAGGCGGUGAGCGAGGUGCGAGACGUGGUGCUGCGCGUGUACAUCGAUAAGUCCCACAUCCAGACCACCAGGAUCUUCCGCUACAAGGAGACGCCCCACAUCACAGACGUGCGGCCCGACUGCAGCUUUGAUCGUGGCUCCAGAAUCACUAUUGAAGGAAGGAACCUGGACUCUGUGUAUCGCACCGUCAUCCACUUCAAGCCCAAUGAGAUCCACCUCAAGCCAGUUUCCAUAGAGUGCCUGGGUAAGGCGCAGCCCACGCAGAUGGAGUGUGUUACGCCGGAGUUCCCGCAUGACGAGUCGGAGCUGGGCGAGCUGUCCUUCGACAUGGACGGAGCGCGCGGCCUGUGGAGGCGGGGCUUCCACUACCACCCCUACGGCAGCCCCAUCCCCUUCGAGACCGAGGGACACAUCCUGCGCCUCUACCCCGGCCUGGACGAGGUCUCCCUGCACCACCAGAAGCUGAACCACGUGAACUCCUGCAUGACCAUCACCAUGACGGUGGGGGGGGUGGACUGCGGCGCAAAGGUGCUGGACAACGAGAUCACCUGCCGCAUCCCCAAGAACCUGACCAUCCCCAGCGAAGGCCUGCCCGUGAAGGUGUUCAUUAACGGGCAGGAGCAGGACGUGGGCACCGUCAUCCUGGUCUCCAACCACUACAUGGUGGGCAUCGGCCUGGGCAUCGUUGCCGCGCUGGUUGCCGGGGCAGUGUUGGCGUUCGCCGUUAUGAAGCACCUGAGGAAGAAAAAGAAAGGGGGCGUAGUGGAGAACAGCUUGGCCCAGCUGUCCCACAAUCACAACAAUAGCGCGGACCAGUCCCCUCCUGGAGAUUACAGACGAGUGGCCCCGGUGUCCCCGGGUGUGGUGCGGCCGGUGGGUUUUGCGGGGUACGCGGGCAGCCUGGACGCUGCGCUGACCCCCCUGAUGACCCAGGAGAACAUCAGCACCUGCAGCCUGCGGCCGGAACUCCUGGAGGAGGUCAAGAACGUCCUGAUCCCCACACACACACUCAACGUGCACCGCCACCACGUCAUCGGCAAGGGUCAUUUUGGGACGGUGUAUCACGGCUAUCUGAAGGACCUCAGCGGUCAGGAGAUCCAUUGUGCUGUGAAGUCCCUCAACAGGAUCACUGAUGUGGAGGAGGUAGAGCAGUUCCUAAAGGAGGGCAUUAUCAUGAAGGCGCUGCAUCACUCUAACGUGCUGUCUCUGCUGGGUAUCCUGCUGCCGGAGGAAGGGCUCCCCCUGGUGGUGCUGCCCUAUAUGAAGCACGGAGACCUGCGCCACUUCAUCCGCUGUGAGAAGAGGAGUCCCACUGUGAAGGACCUGAUUGGCUUUGGCCUGCAGGUUGCCAUGGGGAUGGAGUAUCUGGCACAGAAAAAGUUUGUUCACAGAGACCUGGCCGCAAGGAACUGCAUGCUGGACGAGUCGUACACGGUGAAGGUGGCGGACUUUGGCAUGGCGCGGGACGUGUUCGAUAAGGAGUACUACAGCGUGCAGGACCACAAGAAGGCCAAGCUGCCCGUCAAGUGGAUGGCCAUCGAGAGCCUGCAGACGCAGAAGUUCACCUCCAAAUCAGACGUGUGGUCAUUCGGUGUGUUGCUAUGGGAGAUGUUGACCCGGGGAGCGAGUCCUUAUCCUGAGGUUGACCCCUAUGACAUCACACACUACUUGCUGAAGGGACGGAGACUCCCGCAACCACAAUACUGCCCUGACCCCCUGUAUGCGGUGAUGCUGCGGUGCUGGGACCCGGAGGCGGACCGGCGUCCCGGUUUCAGCUCGCUGGUUGCCGAGGUGAUGAGCAUCCUGUCGGGGCUGGAGGGCGAGCACUACAUCAGCCUCAACGUGACCUACGUGAACCUGGACCAGCCGCGGCCCUACCCUGCCCUCACCGACUCCGCCGACGAGCACGAGUCCACGUAGCCAGCCGCCACUCAACGCGUCUCUUAGCAACAAAGGGCCUGAAGUCAACCCAUCAUGAAGGAGUUUAUUUAUAA